AUGAAUUGCAGCAAAUUGGCAGAAGAUGGGACCCCUGAGUUAGGAAUGGAGUUCAACAGUGAAGAGGAUGCGUACAAGUUUUACAAUAAGUAUGCCUUUAAAAUGGAUUUUAGUAUACGUAAAGACUAUCUGAAUAAAGACAAAGACGGCGUGACCACGCCUAGGAGAUAUAGUUGCUGCAAGGAAGGUGUGAAGCGCAAGUACGAAGAGCAUAAUCAUGAGCUGCACAUUGCUCAAUGUGCGCACAUGAUGCCAUCACAAAGAAAAGUAAGCGUGGCUCAAGGAUUCCAAACUGAAAUAAGCGAGGAUGCUGGGUUUUCAUUGAAACAGAGCCAUGAGUUUAUGGGAAAGGAGGUAGGUGGGAUGGGUAAUGUGGGAUAUACUCGGAAUGAUCUUAAACGAUAUCUUCGAACGAGACGGGAAAGGAGCUUGAAAUAUGGAGAAGCAGUCACAUUCGACACAACCUACAAAACAAAUAAAGAAUACCGGCCACUUGGAGUAUUUGUGGGUUUUAACCAGCAUAGGCAAAUUGUGAUAUUCGAGGCUGCCCUUAUGUAUGAUGAGAUGAUAGAUUCUUUCAAAUGGGCGUUUGGUACAUUUCUAGAAGCAAUGUGUGGAAAGCGUCCAAAUACCAUACUAACCGAUCAAGAUCACGCCAUGGCAGCCGUUAUUUCAGUUGUCAUGCCUGAAACAUUUCACGGUCUAUGUAUGUUUCACAUAAGGCGUAAUUUUAUGAAACAUCUUGGCAAUCACUACAAGGAAAAUAGUGAUCUUCCAUACAUGUUUGGUGCCUGUAUGUAUGAGUUUGAAGAAGUGGAACAAUUCAAUAGGGUGUGGGAGGCGAUAGUGAAGAAACACAAUCUUGAAAAUAAUGAAUGGCUCUCCGGGUUAUAUAGAAUUCGUGAUAAAUGGGCAAGACAUUUCAAUCGGGUGGUUGAUGAAAAGAGACAUAAUGAACUGAUCGCAGAAUAUGAAAUAAGGCAAAAGCUGCCCAUGGUAGGGUUAAGGCAAACACCUAUGCUUGUGCAUGCAUCAGAGACGUAUGCACCAACCAUAUUUGUUGCAUUUCAAAAUGAAUAUGGCGAGUCAAUAGCUAUGGUUAUAUUGAGACAACAAGAUGCAGCGAUGUUUGUGGAAUUUACAGUUAUAAGGUAUGAUGGAAGACCUGAAAGAAUAGUGGUAUUCAAUCAGAAUGAUCUAAGUGUGCGUUGUAGUUGCAAAAAAUACAAGAAUGAAGGCAUUUUAUGUGGGCACGCGUUGAAGGUGUUUGAUACCGUGGGCAUAAAAAUAAUUCCUCCUGAAUACGUUAAGAAGCGAUGGACAAAAAGAGCUCGGGUUGGAGACUGUUUUGAUCGGCGACGACGGGAAGUUGUGACUGAUCCUAAAGUAACGAUUUCAACUCGUUAUCGGGAGCUCGCUCCAGCCAUGAUUAAGGUCGCAACUCGAGCACCAAUGUCGGAGGACACCAGCAAAGUAGCAAUCACUGUCAUAUCCAAUUUGGCAAAGAGAGUUGAUCUCCUCCUCUCAGAAAGCGAAAAGCCAACCUUUGCAAAAUGA